AUGCAAAGAUUUGAGGGACGUAGUCGUAGCAGGGAAAGAGGAACAGGCCGAGGAGAUGAAUUUGGUCGUAGGGGAAACCCGUCUAGAGGUAAUGAUGGGAGAGGAGGAUUCAACAGAGGUCCUACUGUUUCAUUAAUCGCUUAAAAGGGUUCACUUUAGCUUUAAUCUAACCAUUUUAAGUUUGGACUUAGAGAUGCUACUAAGACUGUUAACAUGUAUGACAUUGACUUCGGAUAAAACAUUGGGACUUUUCAAGAUAGAAGAUCUGCAAUAAGACAGCUUAGACCUGACUUCGAAAGAGUGUAUGAUUUGUUUGUUGGCUAUGGUGACUAGAUAUUCUCUUAAACAUUGAUUCAUGAGACAAGUUAUUUUGACUUUGUUUACAAGGGCAUUCCAUCAAUCGUCAGUGUGUCUUUUAAUAAGUCAUUUUCGCUUGAAGAGUAAUUGCCGGAGGAUAAGUUUAACAAUGAUAAGAUACUGAACUACAUCCUGUCAUUAUGCAAGAGAGCUCUGAUUGAAGAAAAGUACAAUCAGAUUGGCAGAUUUCCUAGAUUUUUUAAUGCUAGUGAAAGAGUAAAGAUCAAUGCACAUAGGCUUGAGAUGUGGCCAGGUUAUUCUGUAUCAGUGAGGAGCUUAGCUGAUGGAAUAUUCUUAAACAUAGAUACUAUGACAAAGUUUGUCAAUCAAAUGACAAUCUACGAUAGAAUCAGACAGUAUCAAAGGGAAAGAUACACUAAUCAACAGAUAAAGGAGAUGCUGUUUGAGGAUGGCAGAAUGAUUGUAAUAACGAAAUACAAUUCAAGACAGUACUUGGUAAACGACAUAUCCUUUGACAUUACACCAGCCAAGCAUAAAUUUGACUGGAUAUAUAUCAAUCCAGAGAAUAAACUAAAAGAAACAUUGCAUACAGAUAUGGUAGAGUAUUUCCAAAUCAAAUGGAAUCAAGUUAUCCAAAGAAAUGAGCAAAACUAGCCUUGUCUGUUGGUUAAUAGAGGAGCUACUUCAAUCAUAUUACCCACAUCAUUGUGCCACGAAGCAAGCUUACCUAAGGAUUUUACUAAGGAUAGAGCGAAAAUCAAAAGUCUCCAGCCAUUUAAGAUCAAUAAACCUUAAGACAGAUAUGAUAGAAUUCACAGUGUGGUAGGUAAGAUUAAUUCUAACCCAUUGCUUGCUUAAUGGGACAUACAACUUGCACCAAAGAUGGCUUAAGUAAAAGCAAGGUAACUUAAUCAUGCUCAAGUCUACAAUUAAUACAACAUGAUAUCUAGUUAUGAUGAUUAUGAAGCUAAGCUCUUUUAUCAUAGUUAGCCAGUUGAGCUCACCAACGAGAGAUGGGCGUUUGUGUACUGUGGAGAUGGAGAGGAAUUUGAAUAUGCUACUAAACUAGUUUAACAUAUGUAGCAUGCCACCAGAUAAUUAGGCAUAAAAUUGGAAGAUCCUCAAUGGAUUGAGCUUCACGAUAUAAACUCACCAGAAACCUAUAUUGAUGCAAUGAAAUCAGAUAUCGACCCAACUUAUACUCAGUUCGUGCUAGUUCUUAUCUCAUCAAGAAAUUUAAAGCAAUCGAUUAAAAAGUACCUUGAUGAAGUUGGAUUGCCUUCACAAUUUGUGCUGACUACUACUGUUGCAAGAUGUAUUGAUGGCUCAAGAAUAUCAUACGGGCCUUUCAGCAUGAUCCUUAAAUAGAUAAAUGCUAAAAUGAAAAAAGAUUUAUACAGAUUAGUUCUACCUAAUUUGAAGAGAGCAAUGGUUGUUGGAAUUGAUAUGGUAAAACACGGUAAUGAAACCAUAUUAGGAUUUUCAGCAUCAUAUAACUCCUUCUUAACUCAGUAUUAUUCAGAUAUAAGAGUCUAGUAACUCCCAUAGAGUGGGUAAUUUUUGACUAAUGAGGAGAGGGAAAAGUAUAUUACUUAGGAAAGAACUAUGCUAAUUAUGGAAUUAAUGAGUAAAGCUAUGAAAAUAUUCCAAGAAAGCAACUUGGGUAUGCUUCCUGAAAAAAUUGUUAUUUAUAGAGACGGAAUUGGAGGGCCAACUUUUAUGGAGUAAUCUCUAAAGCAUGAAGUUGGCUAGGUAGUUUAACUUAUAAAAGAUAUUAGUGUAGAUUACAGGCCAACAAUAUUAUACAGCUUUAUAGAUAAGAUGACAGAUAAUAGACUUUUUAUGAAGUCAAACGAUGAUGUUUGGAAUCCAGGUCCAGGCACAGUCCUUGACACUGCUCUCGUUGAAAAUUAAGGAGAUUAGAUAUUUGAUUUCUUCAUGAUUCCUCAUAAAGCAACAGUUGCUACAGCCAAGCCAGUUUAGUUCAAGAUUGUUCCAGAUCUGAGAAAAAGGAUAUCGAAACUUUUACUUAUCAUUUAUGCUAUGGUUAUUAUAAUUUCGUAGGACCAAUUAAAGUUCCAGCCGCCGUAAUGUAUGCUAAAAAGAUUGCUUAUUAUGCUUGCGACAAUAAGAUAAUGA